AUGUUGGAUAAAAAGCCUUUGGGAUACCGAUGGAGGUCUUCGAGACUUCUGGUUGUAUCCUCAAUCACUGUCGCAUUGUUCGCAGAAACAUUUCUUUAUGGGUUCCUCACGCCGAUUCUAAGCUAUAUGCUUGAGGAACGUUUACAAAUUGAUCCAUCUCUCACUCAAAGCUAUACCACCGCAUUGCUCACGUCCCAUGGAUUCUUCGGUCUUAUUUCUGCGCCGGUAGUCGCGCAUCUCGCCGAGAAGACGCCGAGUCAAAAGACUCCGCUACUGAUUGCUCUGGCAGGAUGUUUUGUGGGGACUCUGAUGAUUGCGCUCACGACUUCAGUGUGGGCUCUCUUCCUUGGUCGCAUCUUGCAAAGUAUAGCUGGGGCUGGUACUUGGGUGGUUGGAUUUUCCCUCCUAGCUAAUAAUGUGGACAAGAAACAUCUCGGCAAGUCGAUGGGGCUCGCAAUGGCAUUUGUCACUGCUGGAAUGGUCGGAGGACCAACCGUGAGUGGUACCCUGCUUCAGUUGUUUGGAUACUGGACCGCCUGGUCACUGCCUAUGGUGGUGCUUGCUCUAGAUAUCAUUGCGCGACUGGUGAUGAUUGAACCUCACCCUACGUCUUCAUCCGAUGCUUCGGGCAAAUCGACUAGUUCCACGUUCGCACAGAACACCGAGACAUCAGACGAAACAACAGCUUUGCUUUCUGAAACGACCGAUAUCGUCAAACCAACUCAUUGCGAAUUAGAAGCCAAGCAAACGUCAAAGCAAGACUAUUACAAGAUCAUGCUCACAGACGCACGAGUUCUGACUGCAUUAUCCAAUGUCGUUGUCGUCUCCUCUCUCAUCGCCGGAAUCAACAAUACACUUCCCGUCCACUUAAAAGAAGCAUUCGGCUGGAAGAGCCUGCUUAUAAGCAUGAUGUUCUUCUGUUUGCAAGUUCCCAAUAUUGCCCUCAGCGGACCAGCGGGAUGGCUCCGGGACCGAGGCGGUUUACGGGGCCCUACCACCCUGGGGUGGAGUGCCAUGGUCCCUUUGAUAUUGCUUCUGGGAGUCCCUGGAGAUCCACAUUUCCCCUGGGCUACCGGCAACACAGCCGGUCAAUCCAUAUUUACUGGAUCAGUGAUUGCCCUGGGUACAGUCCUGCCUCUGGUGCGUGGUGUGGGAGCUGUGCAAUUAGCAUAUGUUGUCAAGGAUAUGGAAGCCAAGGAUCCGCAUAUGUUUGAGGCUAACAGAAGCAAUUUGCGCGUUUUUUCCAUGACGGAAGUUGGAUAUAGCAUCGGAAUGAUGAUUGGGCCCUUAUUAAGCGGCUCACUGGUUGAAGGAGUUGGAUUUUUCUUCAUGACUGUGGCACUAGCUGCUAUUUGCCUCGUUCAAGCUUGGGCUUCGUGGCGCUGGCUCGACGCUAAGUCUCCGACUCAUGUUUCUGAAGCUUCUGCAUAG